GCGGUUCCCGCCGGGGCCCGGGCGCCGGCCGCUCUCUGCAGGAUGGGCACGGUGCUGUCUCUCUCCCCCGCCUCUUCGGCCAAGGGCCGGAGGCCCGGCGGGCUGCCCGAGGAGAAGAAGAAGGCGCCGCCCGCGGGGGACGAGGCGCUAGGGGGCUACGGGGCGCCGCCGGUAGGCAAGGGCGGCAAAGGCGAGAGCCGGCUCAAACGGCCAUCCGUGCUCAUCUCCGCGCUCACCUGGAAGCGCCUGGUGGCAGCGUCUGCCAAGAAGAAGAAAGGCAGCAAGAAGGUGACGCCCAAGCCAGCGUCCACUGGCCCCGACCCCCUGGUCCAGCAACGCAACCGCGAGAACCUUCUCCGCAAGGGCCGGGAUCCCCCCGACGGCGGCGGCGCCACCAAGCCCCUGGCCGUGCCCGUGCCCACAGUGCCCGCGGCCGCCGCCACCUGCGAGCCGCCGUCGGGGGGCAGCGCGGCCGCCCCGCCGCCAGGCUCGGGAGGGGGAAAGCCGCCGCCGCCGCCCCCAGCCCCGCAGGCGGCGCCGCCGGUGCCUGGCGGCUCGCCCCGGCGGGUCAUCGUGCAGGCGUCCACCGGCGAGCUGCUGCGCUGCCUGGGCGACUUCGUGUGCCGACGCUGCUACCGCCUCAAGGAGCUGAGCCCGGGCGAGCUGGUGGGCUGGUUCCGCGGAGUGGACCGCUCGCUGCUGCUGCAGGGCUGGCAAGACCAGGCCUUCAUCACGCCCGCCAACCUGGUGUUCGUGUACCUGCUGUGCCGCGAGUCGCUGCGCGGGGAUGAGCUGGCGUCGGCCGCCGAGCUGCAGGCCGCCUUCCUCACCUGCCUCUACCUCGCCUACUCCUACAUGGGCAACGAGAUCUCCUACCCUCUGAAGCCCUUCCUCGUGGAGCCCGACAAGGAGCGCUUCUGGCAGCGCUGCCUGCGCCUCAUCCAGCGGCUCAGCCCGCAGAUGCUGCGACUCAACGCCGACCCCCACUUCUUCACGCAGGUCUUUCAAGACCUCAAGAAUGAGGGUGAGGCCGCCGCCGGCGCGGGGGGUCCACCCAGUGCGGGCGCGCCCGCGGCCCCCGCCUCCUCCUCGGCCGCCAGGGACAGCUGCGCGACCGGAGCCAAGCACUGGACUAUGAACCUGGACCGCUAGGGAUACCCAAAGGCCAAGCCUGCCCCCGCCCCAGCCCCUGACACACGCUCGGAGCCCCCAGGACCAUCAAGCUGCCGCCGCCGUCACUGCUGCUCCGCACUCCGGCGGGAGGAGGAGCCGCCCCUGCCCCGCAGGGGCAGGUGGAGGCCUGGAAGCCAGAGGCCGAGGCGCCUGGAUUGACGGGGCGUCGGGUGGGAGUGGGGGAUGCGCGCGGGAAGGGACCCCCUACCUCAGCCUUUCUGUCUACGCCCCCGUCUCUCCAGCUCUGCGCGGGUCUGCUCCUUCCCUUCUGGGCGUGUCUGUAAGUCCGUCUUCCUCGGUUUGGUCCAUCUCCUCUCUUCCUCCCUGCAUCUUCACCCUCCCACCCAUCUGCCUCUCCCCUGGCCCUUCCUUGGGUGUGUGUGUGUCCGCCUCCGUCGGACCCCCUACCCAUCUCCCUUUGGCCCCGUUUCUCUCUCCGCACCGGUGUCUCCGUCUCCCCGCUCCUUCUCCUUUCCUUCGCUUUUGGCCUGUGCCACCGCCUUCCUUCCCGU